CUGUUAUUUCAACAGCAAGGCUGUAAAUUGUUUUGAUGUGGUGGAUUAAACAGUAGGCUACUGUAGUUCAUCUAUUGUCAUCGCAUUGGGCACCAGUUAAUCCCAGCAGGGUAUAUAAUCAAAUGGAUUCUCUCGAGGAAAAACAAGAGGCGAAAGCGCUGACAGGCUAUAUAGUGGUGGUCUAUAGAGACAUGGAUAGGGAAGCGAUGUUCCAAUCUAUCGACUGCAACUCUGACGUGCCUCGACCGCAGGUUUGUAGGGCCAGGUUUUGCGCUGUCCAUGGUGAUGAAAAUGUGCUCUCAUAUCAACUCUCGGCGGAUUGUAACAUGGACCGCAUCAGCAGUGACAACGAACGGUCGAGUGUUCUAAACAGGGUUGGGGGUUCCAUUCUCAACUCGGACGUGCCACAAAAGUCCAGAGCUGUACGUUUGAGUAUGAAUACGCGGGAACGGAAGCGGAUGCACGACCUGAAUGAUGCUCUGGAUGACUUGAAGUCCGUGAUCCCGCACAUGCCCAGUCCCACUGUGAGAAGACUGUCCAAGAUCGCCACUCUACUCUUGGCGAAAAAUUACAUCUUGAUGCAAGAGCAGGUUAUACAAGAGAUGAAGAAGCUACUUGGAGAGCAAAAUGCGACACCUAGUAUUCAUCCGGUCUGGACAGGAGUUCCACUCCUUGCACUAUUGCCUGGAUACCAGGAAAACAUUUCAUUCAAGAAAAACUAAUAAGUCACACAUGGCCUUACAUUUCUUUAAAAUCUUGUGUUCUAAACAGCAAAUAGACCACCAUUAGUAAAACGUCUCAUUUGUACUCAGCAGAAACCUCCUUAAUCAUGACUUACUACUGAGUAACAGAAACGUAUUUAGAUUCAUAUCUUUAACUUUCAUAUGUAUGUAUGCAUGUUCUUCAUUUGUGUAUGUGUGUUGUGUAUUGUAUAUCCUCACUUAUAGGCCAACUGCAAUAGAGAGACUGGUCAUUUUGCACCUAUAGAUUGUUAGGGAUGAGCAUGUUCUUCAUAAACUUGGUUCUAACUUUUGUUUAUACUACAGACCAAAAUGCAUAGGUGGCAAGUCAAUUUAAUAAAGGCUUUAAAACCUUUUUCACAAAAAAUGUUAUGUCUCCACAUUGAGUAUGUCCAGCCAUUUUGAAAUGAUGAUUUCAACACAACACAUUUACAAACUUUCUAUGUUUUAGUUUGUCAGAAACAUUUAUAGAGCUUCUCAAUGUAUCAAAUGUGGCAAGGCAACAGAUGCUUCUAGUGGCAUCUGCUGGUUAAAGCACAAAUGGAAUCAUUUGUCCCAGUUCUCAAUUUGAGACAACACCACUCUAGUACUUAGAAGAAUAGUUGCAGGUACAUUUAUCGUUCUGUUUUAUUAUAUUUAUAUGACGAAACCUGUACUAUGAACAGACAGACCUUCAGAAGAUAAAGAGGCAUCCAACAAAUCUCCAUAUAAUUACUAUGCUAGCUGAUAUAGUUAUAAAAUACAAAGACAAUUGGAUAAUUCAGACUUUUGUUUUUAUUCUGUGCAUAGUGGGAAAAACAUACAUUUCAGUCUUUGCUUUGAAAGCACCUGAUCACACACACACACCAAAUCUCAUUGGUUAACACAACAUCAAGUGUGAAAUCCACAGCUCUUUCUAAUACCCUUUGUCAUAUGAUUGUUUUGCAAAACAAUAAAAGAGGAUGUAUGAAAGGAUGUAUGAAAACUAAUAACAUUGGACCUAUGAACUAAUACCUUGCUCUCCCCUA